GGGCCAGCCCGGGGGCCCCCUGCAGAGCCCCGGAGCCCCUCCCGCCGCCGCGCCAGCUGCCAGCCCCGGGACCUUGUCCUCUCUUCCCUUUUGGCCGGAGGAGCCGAGUUCAGAUCCGCCACUCCGCGUCCGAAACUGACACACUGAACUCCGUUUCCUCCUCUUAAAUUCAUUUCUGCCUCCGAGACACUCGUCUUGUUUCCCUCCCCCAUCUCGGCGCUCCCAGGAAACUUUAUCCUGCUCCCCAAAGUUAGGGUUCCCCCGGCCCCUCGUGCAUUCCUAUUUCCACUUUGGAAACGACUUGCCGCUUCUUUUUAAAGGAAUUCCAGCAAGCUCCUUUUUUUUUUUUUUUUCCUCUUGGACUUUGACGCUCGAUGGUUUGCAAAAGUUUGGCAUUAAAAAAAAUAUCUACCUGAUCUGUACUUUGAGAGUUGUUGGUUUCUUUUUUACCCCCCGACCUUUUUUUUUUUUUUCCACUUAAAAAAAAGUUUUCCACCUUGAAAAAAAAAUGCACUACUGUGUGCUGAGCGCUUUUCUGCUCCUGCAUCUGGUGACGGUGGCGCUCAGCCUGUCUACCUGCAGCACGCUCGACAUGGACCAGUUCAUGCGUAAGAGGAUCGAGGCCAUCCGCGGGCAGAUCCUGAGCAAGCUGAAGCUCACCAGCCCCCCAGAAGACUAUCCCGAGCCCGAGGAAGUGCCCCCGGAGGUGAUUUCCAUCUACAACAGCACCCGGGACUUGCUCCAGGAGAAGGCGAGUCGCAGAGCGGCUGCCUGCGAACGCGAGAGGAGCGACGAGGAAUACUACGCCAAAGAGGUUUACAAGAUAGACAUGCCGUCCUUCCUGCCCUCCGAAACUGUCUGCUCAGUUGUUACAACACCCUCUGGCUCAGUGGGCAGCUUGUGCUCCAGACAGUCCCAGGUGCUCUGUGGGUACCUUGAUGCCAUCCCGCCCACUUUAUACAGACCCUACUUCAGAAUUGUCCGAUUUGACGUCUCAGCAAUGGAGAAGAAUGCUUCCAAUUUGGUGAAAGCAGAGUUCAGAGUCUUCCGUUUACAAAACCCAAAAGCCAGGGUGCCUGAACAACGGAUCGAACUGUAUCAGAUUCUCACAACCAAAGAUUUAACAUCUCCAACCCAGCGCUACAUUGACAGCAAAGUUGUGAAAACGAGAGCGGAGGGCGAAUGGCUGUCCUUUGAUGUCACGGAUGCUGUUCAUGAGUGGCUCCACCACAAAGACAGGAAUCGCGGAUUUAAAAUAAGCUUACACUGUCCCUGCUGCACCUUUGUACCAUCUAAUAAUUACAUCAUCCCAAAUAAAAGUGAAGAACUAGAAGCAAGAUUUGCAGGUAUUGAUGGCACCUCCACACAUACCAGUGGUGAUCAGAAAACUAUAAAGUCCACUAGGAAAAAAAACAGUGGGAAGAGCCCACAUCUCCUGCUAAUGUUGUUGCCCUCCUACAGACUUGAGUCACAACAGACCAACCGGCGGAAGAAGCGUGCUUUGGAUGCAGCCUAUUGCUUUAGAAAUGUGCAAGAUAAUUGCUGCCUGCGUCCUCUUUACAUUGAUUUCAAGAGGGAUCUUGGGUGGAAAUGGAUACAUGAACCUAAAGGGUACAAUGCUAACUUCUGUGCUGGAGCCUGCCCAUAUUUAUGGAGUUCAGACACUCAACACAGCAGAGUCCUCAGUUUAUACAACACCAUCAAUCCAGAAGCUUCUGCUUCUCCAUGCUGUGUGUCUCAGGAUUUAGAACCGCUCACCAUUCUUUACUACAUCGGCAAAACACCCAAGAUCGAACAGCUUUCUAAUAUGAUCGUGAAGUCUUGCAAAUGCAGUUAAGACUCUCCGAAGAUAGGCCAUUCAUGACAACGACAACGAGGACAACAUUUGUGACAAGAAAACACGAGGGAGGCUUGCUUCGGCAGCGUCCAACGACAUCCGAAAAAGCGGUACUACGUCCAACCCUUGGGAAGUUUGUGUUCUGUUUGUUAAAACUGGCAUCUGAAACAAACAAAAAGAAGUGGAAGGUUUUAUUCAGCAUUUCACCUACUCGGUCAGUGAGAGAGAUGAGAAGCCAAACCUUUUUUUUUUUUUUUUUUAAGAAAAAAAAAAUAAACACUGGAAGAAUUUGUUAGUGUUAAUUAUGUGAAAGAAAACAAACAAACAAACAAAAACAGGAAAAUCCCGUGAAGUGGAGUUGCUGUACAUACUGUCUCUGUACCAUGCCUCACUUGAUUUUUCUGUAACGCUAUGCAAUAGCCUCCUGCCCGUUCCUCCUCUUUGAGUUAACAGUGAGUUAUUUAUUGUGUGUCCCUAUAGAAUGAACAUUUCAUGGCCCUUGGAAAAUAAAACAGGUGUAUAAAAUGGAGACCAAAUACUUUGCCAGGAGCUCAUGGAUGGCUUACAGAGCUUGAACUCAAAUGAGCCAGGGAAAAAGGGGGACAAAAUCCCCCGUGAGUUCUAGAUGACCAAGCAAGUUUGCUUAUGAUAAAGACCCCAUACCAAGCGCCUAAGGAAGCUUCUUGUAAGAUUCAAAACUGAAAAGCCUGUUAAUAAAGGAAACUUUCAGUCAGAAUAAGUCUGUAAGGCUUUAUUUUUUUUUCUUUUUUCACUGUAAAUGACUCUUUGUCAGUUUAGUACACCAGUGAAAUGUUGAGACGAUUUUUGCAACGUCCUGGUCCAACCUCAGACGUUCGAGUAUUACUAUAGAGCUGGGCUAGAGGGUUUUUUGUUUGUUUCGGUAUAUGUAACCAUACCUAUAUUAUUGCAAUAGAAGAGCCUAGAAGCCAGUAUAAAUGGAAACACGUCUGCAGAUCUCUUUUGCAAACUAUUAAAUCAAAACACUAACUACUUCACGUGUAAUGUGUAAAUUUUUACCAUAUUUUUAAUAUUCUGUAAGAAUGUCAACCAGGAUUUGGCUUGGGCUUCAAGUUGGGCUCUUUUUAAUGAUCACUCUGAAUUGGGUGUUUCCUGUAGCUGGCCAGGACUUUUGAGUAAAGCCCCUGUAUUUUGACUUGCACUACAAAUCAUGUUUUAUAGUAUUUGUUCCAAUAUGCUUUGUUAAAGGAUCGAUUUGAGUUCAGUAGUGUUCUUCCGUCUUCCAGGCAGCGUUGCUCGUUAAUGCAGAUGUUAAAGUUUCAAUUUUGGAAAAAACUAGAGAUAAGUACGUAAUGGAGAUGAACUGUUUUUGUUUUAGCCAGUUUUUAAAGAUCUGACUGAAACCCCAAAUCUUGGGGACUGAGUUAAGCAAGUUUUCUCUAACUUGGUUUAAUCAGUGUUUUCACAGAAUCUGUUGUUAAUUAAGAACAGACAGUUCAUAAGGAAGUUCUUUUAGUGUCCAGGGGGAAAGAUUUACAUUUGAGUUGAAUUUUUAAAGGGAGGCUAAAGUCCAGGUCAGCAUAGGUGAUUUAGAUUUCUUUACUGAAAUUAAGGUUUUUUACAGAUGUUCUUUGAAGGUUGAAAAGGCCCAAGUCAAUAACUCCCUUGAUCAAAAAACUCUUUUCCCUGAAUGAGAUUUAUCUAUAAUCUGAGGCUAGAAUUUACCUUGCUUUAAUCAAUGAUUUGCCACAUGAUUGCAGAGAAGGUCAUCUGACACCAGGGUCUGUAGGAUAUGUCAGUUUGUCAGCUGCUUCUUAUUUAACUUUAAGAUAAAAAUAAAUCGGUCAAAUGGGACUCUUUGCAGCUUCACCUACAGAGCAGCACAGUGAGGUGUGUAUCCAAAGUGAAGCUGUUGGGUAGAGUAUACUUUAAUUUUGUGGAAUUUCCUGACCAUUAAUAAAAAAUGAUGAAUUGGAUUUAUGAGUUUAAAAACUGGAAAAGCAAGAGAUGGGCUGGAUGGCACAACCUGUUUUUUUUUUGUUUUUUUUUUUUUUGGAUAUAAUCCAAUCCCAGAUUUGAGUGUGUUGCUUUUGAUUUCCUCUUCCACUUUUCCAUUCAUUCUAUGUAAAUCACUUUUAUUUCUGCAGGUAUUUUCCUCUCAGAAUGACAUUUUGUUUUGUAUUAUUUUGUCUUUUCUCAUGAAUGCACUGAUAAUAUUUUAAAUGCUCUAUUUUAAGAUCUCUUGAAUCUUUUUUUUUUUUUUUUUUUAGUUUGGGGGUUCUCUAAUGUCUGUAUUUCCCAUAAGUAAAUAUUGCUGAGG